AUGACGUCAAACAUCCGGGCACUAAGAUGUUAUGCUGAGGAGCUUCUGGAUAGUCUUCCAUGUCCAGAUAAUCAGGAGAGCUUUGAUGGCUCUUGUUUUGAGUUUGUCGUCCAAGAGCAUCCCUUCCUCAAUGCACAGUCCUGGUGUGAGCGUGGAGGUGGACACCUCACAUUUAUUCUCAAUGAUGAAACGCAACAGUUUCUCCAGAAGCAUCUGCACCCUGAAAAGGACUGGUGGCUUGGAUUGGCACCAGCAGCUCCGAACUUUACUCUAGACAUAAACGGCUCCCUUUCUUGGCUGGAUGGCUCGGAUGUCAGCUACAAUAACUGGGAAGAAUGCAGCUGGAUCGAUGUUGUGGAGUCUGUAAAUGGCAAAUGCAAAGGACAGCAGUCCUGCCAGGUGGAUGUGAGUGCCUUUGGGGAGCCAUGUCCAGCAUUUGGAAGUUACUUGUCUGUGGAAUACCACUGCAAACAUGGUCUUUCCCUAAUAUUGAUUGUUCUUAAAUCAGGAACAAAUGUUACCUAUAAGAUUGAGCACAAUGCUCACAUGGUUGUGAAUUCUUCUGUGGACAGUGGCAGCACACCUCACAAUAUAACACUAGACAUCAAUGCACUUGAACAGCUUGGACAGGGCUGUCACAACCUGACUAUAUCAGCAUCCAAUAAGAUUACAGCUACACCUGAAUCCACAAAGCUAGAGUUGUGUUUGCUUCAGCCCAUCAAGGGGUUGCAGGCUUCUGUGGAGGCCGAGGAAGGCCUAUGUCCGGACUCCUCCGAUCUCAUUAUCAAUGUGUCGCUGGAGCAAGGUGCCCCAGUGCAGCUCCAGUUCACUCUGACAGGAGUUGAAGACAGCAUCUCUGAAACCAGAGACAUGCUCAAUGGAAGCACACAGACAUUUGUCUUCUCCUCUCCAGUGGAAGGAAAAUGCCCUGAUGUAGUCUGGUUUAUGGAGGACCUCAAACCAUUGGCUGGAAAACUUGAAAACUGUUACUCCAAAGUAAGCAGAAGACCUCCCAUUGAGAAGCAGGAUGGACAAACUGAAUACAUUGUCAGCAGUCAACAUUUGAUCAUGUCUAGAGAUACUAUGCAAAAUAUUGUUGUGAUUGCCUAUGGAAAAACAGAGGCUGGAUUUGCAAAGUUUACUUUACCAAUACCGGACCCAUCACCAUCCCCCUCACCACCUGCAACCACUCGGCCCGCUGCUGACACCAUUUCAUGUAGCAUCACUCCGUCUGCUGGGACAGUGCUCGAUGCUUUUAACAUUAUGUGCAAAACAAGUCUGUCAUGCUCCUCAGGCUGCCUUUACUGCAUCAAAACAGACAUGGGCAAACACCUUAGAUGCAGUGAUGCAGUGGAAAUGAAGACAGUCUUCCUGCCACUAGGAGACAUGAACAACAACUUCAGCUUGUCUUUAAUGGUGACUGUAAAAACUGAAAACAAGAAAAUAUCCACCAAGAUAAGCACGCAGGUGAGGCAUGGUGACACAGACAGCUCAGUGGGUGCACUUCAGUCUGCAGUGCAUGACACUGUGGAGCAGUUGGAGCAGCAGGGCCUUCUGUCCGGAGAAGCUCUAGGACAGAUAUUCACAUCGGUCGCAGACCUGCUCAACACAGAGUCCAAUGAGGAACAGAAAGAUUCGAGAACAAAGUUAAGAGAACAAAUGCUGACCAAAAUGACCAAAGUCGUGGCUGAGUCCCGCAGUAAUACCACACAUGGGAUCCAGGCGACGGCCGCAGCUGUAGCUGGACUCACGCAACAGUCAGAUGAGCUCACACCCACUGCGCAGGAAGAAGCUGGUUCAUUGUUGGCAGACCUCAGUGCCUCUCUGAACACCAUCAGUGUCUAUCAAAAUACUUCAGAAGAAGAUAAAGAAGUAGCUCAAGCAGCUGCACCAAUUGUAGAAGCAGCCAGUAACAUUUUGAACAUUUCAUCUAAUAAAAAAGUGUCUGAGUUUCUACUUACUGGAAUGAACAAUAUUCAAAGUGCUUUACUUAUGAACAAAAGACUGGAUGGAGAACCUUCCAUUAUAGAUUCUGGUCAGAUCAGUGUGUACGUCAACAGGAUAACCCCAAUGACUAUUCAGAUGAAGGAUAUUGAUCUACAGAAGAAUACAUCCUCUAGAUUUAAUUUCCCUGCCCUCCCUGCAUCGAUUGUCUCACCUGACGAACCAGUGGAUAUCAGGAUGAUGAGUUUCACAAAGAAUCCAUACUCUUGGAAAGAGGAAAACAUCACUGGGACAGUAGGAUCAGUCGCUCUUACCAGAACAGAUGGCAGUGUCAUUGCUGUUCAAAAUUUACCAGAAGAGAUUGAGAUUUUUCUUCCCAGGCUUGACGCAGGACAGGAAAACAGCACAGAGCUAGACUUGGCCAAUUUCAGUACAUUAAUAAUAAACAUUCCCUCCCCAGAUGUAACACUCGUGCUGAGAAUGAAGCCGUCAGAAGACAUUUCUUUUGUAGCAUUUCUGGGAUACAAUGUUUAUCCAACUCAUGAAAAAUAUGUCGCUAAGGCACAACUUCCUAUAGAGGGGGCAAAAGAAGAAGAGAGGUUUACCUGGGUGGUGGAGCCAAAUGUUCGGGCCGGAGAUGUCGGCGUGCACUAUCUUGUUAUAAAGCCAAUCGUAGAACCUGGCAUCAAAUCAGUCAACGCUACUGUCAAUGUUGUCACUAUUGCUGCUCAGUGUAAGUACUGGAAUGUAACGGAGUCCUUAUGGAGUGAAGAUGGCUGCAGGGUUGGCCCGCUCACCACACAUGCUGUGACCCACUGCCUGUGUAAUCACUUGACAUUUUUCGGAAGCUCAUUUUUCGUCAUGCCAAACUUGGUGGAUGUGUCGCGGACGGCAGAACUUUUUGCCACUUUUACUACCAAUCCAGUCGUGGUUUGUUUUGUUGGAGCCAUCUUUGUUGCUUAUCUCAUAGUUGUGAUAUGGGCACGGAGGAAAGACAUCCAAGAUUCAGCUAAAGUCAAGAUAACUUUACUAGAAGACAAUGAUCCUCUGGCAGAAUAUCGCUAUAUGAUAAAUGUCAGCACUGGACAUCGGCACGGUGCAUCGACUUCCUCUCAAGUGACCAUCACAUUGCAGGGGACAGAGGGAGAGAGCGACCCCCACCAUCUGACCGAUGCAGACAAACCUGUAUUUGAAAGAGGGGGAGUGGAUAUGUUUCUGCUAACCACUCAUUUUUCUUUGGGAGACCUGCAGAGCAUAAGACUCUGGCAUGACAACUCAGGAGACUAUCCAGAAUGGUAUGUCAACAAAGUAAUGGUGCAGGACGUGGAAACCGGUCAGAAGUGGCACUUUUUGUGUAACUCCUGGUUGGCUAUCAAUGUGGGAGAGUGCGCGCUGGAUAAAAUUUUCCCUGUAGCAACGGAAAUGGAAUUGAAGAGAUUUAGCAAUCUGUUCUUCAUGAAGACUGCCAAAGAUUUCCGUGAUGGCCACAUUUGGUUUUCAGUCAUCAGCUGUCCUCCCAGCAGCACAUUUACUCGAGUACAGCGGGUCUCCUGCUGCUUCUCUUUGCUGCUGUGCACCAUGCUCACAAGUAUAAUGUUCUGGGGUAUUCCCACAGACCCCUCUGAACAGACAAUGGACCUGGGACACAUCGAGUUCACAUGGCAGCAAGUGAUGAUUGGGAUUCAAAGUUCAAUCAUUAUGUUUCCCAUAAAUCUGCUCAUUGUGAGUAUUUUCAGAAACACUCGUCCUCGAGAAAAAAGAAAAACAGAACCGUCCAAACAGGGGAAGAUUGGUAAAGUAUCCCCCUCUCAGAGCUCCCCUCAGAAGGAGCUGAAGGACAUCACACCUGACACUGUGAUCAAGGACAUAAAACGAAUUGCGCAGUCCUUAUCAAAGGCCAUAAAAAGCCCAUUUCCUCAUUUGGACCUCAAACCUGGGGAACAGUGUGAUAUCAACACAUUAUUGUCCUUGGUCGAGGACAUAAUCAAGCAACACAAUAAACCCACUGAAGAUUUCUUUAACGACACUGCCAAAAAGGAGCGCCCUAUGAUCCUUUCUCUGGGGUCCGUCAGUUUGCACGGAUCCAGUAUGUGGGAAGAGUCAGAUAAAUCUUCCAGUAGCGUCCAAAAGAGCAGCGCCACCUACAGCCGGUAUCUGUACAAGCAGCUGUGCCAUGUUGAACAGGAGCUGGGUUUGUUGGGACCAUCUCGUUUUCCCAAUUCUAUCAACUACAACCGUGCAAUGCAGCAAGUCCAUGGCAUGAAGUCUCUGCUGGAGUACCAUCUCCCUCUGGCUGGUCCGGACGGGGAGCAGCUGAACCGGAGCGCGAGUCCUGAAGACAGCACCAGCGGAGAGUCCCAGCGGAGAAGCGGGCUGCCCUGGUGGUUUGUCUUUGUGGGUUGGACACUGGUGAUUGCGACUAGUUGUGUCUCGGGAUACUUCACCAUGAUGUAUGGGCUGACCUAUGGGAAAGAUCGCUCAAUAAGCUGGCUCAUCUCAAUGCUCGUCUCCUUUUUUGAAAGUUUAUUCAUUACACAACCUUUGAAAGUGCUCGGGUUUGCAGCUUUCUUUGCCCUUGUUCUGAAGAAGGUUGAUCAAGAAGAAUAUGGAGAACCUCAAGUGGAUGGACUUAUCAUGAAAUCUAAUGACCCAGAUACUGUACGAGCGACAAGAAGAGACAGCACCUGUAGUUUUUACCAACCACCUCCUCCGACUGACAUUGAGAAGAUGAGGAACAAUAUGAUAAAAGAGCAAAAAGUGUUUAUACUUAUUAAGGAGAUUGUUGCCUACAUGGGUUUCAUGUGGAUGCUCCUGCUUGUGGCUUAUGGCCAGAGGGACCCUAACGCAUUCUUUCUGACUCAACACAUCCGGCAAAGCUUCAGCAAAGGCAUCUCUGACACGAUGAGUAUUCAGGACGUUUUCGAUUGGGCCAACACAACACUAUUGAGCAACCUUUUUGGCGAAUAUCCAGGUUUCAUCACAGAUGGAAACUCAAAGCUGGUGGGAAACGCUCGUCUCCGUCAGGUCCGAGUCCAACCUAAAUCCUGCCACGUUGCUCAGGCCAUGAAGGCGGCCGUGCCCGAGUGUCAUGCACUGUACUCUUGGGACAUGGAGGACAUGGGCUCCUAUGGUCCAGGCUGGACUUACACUGUGCCCGAUAAUGAGACACUCCGUCUGACAAGCCCAUGGAAGUAUCAGUCUCAGAGAAAGCUGAGGUCCUUCCCCAUCUGGGGCAAUGUGUUGCUCUACAGAGGCGGAGGCUUUGUGGUGAAUCUGGGCCCUGAUCAUCACAACUCAAGCAGAGUUCUGCAAUACCUUUACAACAACACCUGGUUUGAUGCUCACACUCAAGCCAUUAUUGUUGAAUUCACUGUGUAUAAUGCAAAUGUGAAUCUUUUCUGCAUUGUUACUCUUAUGCUGGAGACUACUGCCAUUGGUGCUUUUCAGUUCCGCAGUGAACUUCAAAAUGUGCGCCUCUAUCAGUCUACUGGUGGCUUGCAUAUUUUUGUGAUGGCUUCUGAAGUGAUUUACUUCAUUUUCAUACUGUACUAUAUGUUUGUGCAGGGAAAGUUGAUGAGACAACAAAGAAAAUCUUAUUUUAAAAGCAAGUGGAACUUGCUGGAAUUGGCCAUUAUCCUCCUGAGCUGGAGCGCCUUUUCUGUGUUUAUUAAGAGGACUUUAUUGGGAAAACGAGACAUAGAGUAUUAUCAGAACAACAAAGACCAAUUUGCUAGUUUCCAUGAGACGGCCAAGGCAGAUGCAGUGCUGGGGUAUCUGAUUGCGUUCCUGGUGCUGCUGGCUACAAUCAAACUGUGGCACCUGCUGAGGCUGAACCCCAAACUGCACAUGAUCACUGCCACGCUGCAGCGCGCCUGGACUGAUAUUUCAGGCUUCCUGGUGGUUAUCACCAUCAUGUUCCUGGCCUAUUCAAUUGCGUCCAACCUGAUGUACGGCUGGAAACUACACUCCUAUAGAACCCUGUUGGACGCUGCUCAGACCAUGGUCAGCUUGCAGCUUGGCAUUUUCAACUAUGAAGAGGUUUUGAAUUACAACCCAGUGCUUGGAGCGUUCCUCAUUGGCUCAUGCAUUGUGUUUAUGACCUUUGUUGUGCUAAAUUUGUUUAUUUCAGUUAUUCUUGUGGCAUUCAGUCAAGAACAGAUACACCAUAAGCCAUCGCCAGAGGAGGAGAUUGUGGACCUAAUGCUGAUGAAAGUGGGCAGCGGGCCAAAGUCACCGCAGAGAGAAGGCAGCGCGGCGCAGAAGACAGUACUUUCAGAACUCCACUUCCACCUGCUUGAAGCCGAAUUUGCCGACUCCUUAUCAGCCGUACGUGAGCUGUCGGUGUCCCGUUUCCUCAGCCGGAGGAUUGCGAUGCCCUCUGACUUUACGUGGCUCUUCAGCGGAGAACUGGACCUGUGCUCCCCCGCGCCGCGGUGCUGCUCCACAGAGGUGUUGUAUGAUUCUCCUCCUGGGCAGUGGCAGUUGGAGAGACCCAGUCAACAGAAGCCCAGAGUUAUGAGUCAAAAGAGCGGUGGAGUGGCAGGUUCACCUCCGUCUACAGGAAGUUCCCUCUGA